AUGAGCUGGCGAAACAGUAAUCAGACGCACCAGAUCUUGACUGCGGCCGAAAAAGGCACCUACGGCGUCCUAGCAGCAAUUGUAUAUAAUGUCGAGCACAUUACGGCGUUUGUGCAAGCUGCUGAGCAGCGGCGGUCCCCCUUGAUCAUUCAGCUCUUUCCAUCCUCCCUCAAACAAACCCCUUCCCUUGUAUUCGCUGCCGCGGCCGCGGCCAAGUCUGCAUCCGUCCCUAUAUCCAUUCAUUUAGACCACGCACAGGACUAUGAUCAAAUUAAAUACGUGGCGGACAACCUUCCAUUUGACUCGAUUAUGGUCGACAUGAGCCACUAUGAGAAGAAGGAAAAUUUGGAAAAAACUCGAGUUCUGCGCGAGUAUUGCCACACACGAAGGAUCUCCGUCGAGGCCGAGACCGGCCGGAUCGAAGGGGGAGAGGAUGGAAUAAUGGAUACAGGAGACCUUGGAGGGAUCCUGACCAACUCAGAGGAUGUUGAGGAAUUCAUUGAAGCUGGUAUUGAUUUUCUGGCCCCAAGUGUCGGCAAUCUUCACGGCGACUAUGGGUCACGGGGGCCACAGUUAGAUAUGGAAAGGUUAGAACGGAUUUUUAGCACGAUGAACGGUCGAGUUCGUCUUGUGCUGCAUGGCACCAAUGACUUUUCUCCCGAAUUGACCCAGGAAUGUAUCAGGGCGGGAGUAACCAAGAUCAACGUUAACAAGCUUGUUCUGGAUCCAUGGCUUGACAACCUGCGGGCUAAUGCAACUAGGCCUUUUACCGAACUUAUGAGCCAGGGUAUUCUUCUUUUAGCUGAGGAGAUGGAAAGGUGGAUGGACAUUGUUGGCAGUAGUGGAAAAGCAUAG